ACACAUCGCUAUCCAUCUUGCACAACGCUUCAAUUCGUUUCCCGUGUCAUUCCAAUUUCCAAGCCCUAGAUUCAAAAAUCGAAGCGGAGAGAGGAACAACAUCUAGGAAAGCAAAAAUCGAUAAGCUGUUAUGGCGCCAAAGAAACUCAGACAUAUCCCGGAUGACUUGGUGCUCGACAUUCUAACUACGCUUCCAGUGAAGGCGUUGAAGAGAUUCAGGUGCGUAUGCAAAGCUUGGUGUGAUCUUUUCGGAAACACUGAUUUUAUCCACGCACACUGCAUCAAACAAACCACUCUAGAAAAAGAACGUUUCUUUGUGAAUCAUUAUGACAAAACAGACGACGAGUGUAACUCAGUAAUCUCUAUAUUCGAGAGUGAUUGUGACGAAGUAUUGAAUUUUACAGAGACUAUUCGCAUACCAUUCAAUGAGGUUUUCUUGAAUGACCCAUUUAUCAUAGGUUUCUGUAAUGGCAUAGUUUGUGUGUCUGACGAUGUGAAAAAUAUUGGUUUCUGGAACCCGGCCACCAGAGAGUACAAGCCUCUCCCUCCCCUUAUCCCUUCCAUUGAACCCCCUGAUGAUGUUGAUUGGAACAUGCACUCAAAGUGGAAACUUGGGUUCGGUUUUGAUCAAAGAACUAAUGACUAUAAGGUGCUAUCAUUUGUCCUCACGUAUUUUGAGGUAUAUGCCGUAUCAGUAGAUGAAGCUCAGUUGUAUUCACUAAAAAGCAAUUCUUGGAGAGAGAUUCCUUCAUUCCCAGUGUUUGCUGGUGAUUUUGAACGAGGUAGUGUAUGCUUUAAGGGAAACUGUCACUGGUUAGGUUAUAGGGAUGGUCCUGGAUAUGUCUUUGAAGAAAAUCCAUAUAUACUCUCCUUCAAUAUGGCCGAUGAAAAGUUUGAAGAGUUUGAGUUGCCAGUUUUUGGCCCUUUAAAUUAUUACAUUGUAAAAUUGGUAAUGGUCAGUGGUUCUCUUGGUGUUAUCCUUUACACACUGGAUCCUCCAGGAAGAUUGUUUGAUAUUUGGGUGAUGGGAGAAUAUGGAGUAACGGAGUCUUGGGUAAAGAAAUGGAGUAUUGAAGCCAUUUUAGGACUUGCGACCAUUUCAGGGCUUGCGUGGCCCUUGGGAUUUUUGAGAAAUUAUGGUGUGUUUUAUGAAGAUGAUGGCGGAGAGCUGGUAUUGUAUAACAAGAAUACUCAUGUGUUUAAAAAUCUUGGACUUUGUGGGGCUAAAAAAGAGCUACAGAUUGUAAAGUAUGUGGAAAGUCUAAUGCGAAUAGAUGGCAGACAAUAGUAUGAUGAUCAUGUUAAAGCUUUAUUCGUAUAAAAACUUUUGUUACUUUUAGUGUAGAGGAAUUGUGGUCUGUUAUUUAUCAAGUUGCUGCUUUUGAGUAGGCUCGUAUGGGAAUGGUGCUUGGGUUUUUGUUUGGUUCAUGGGUUUUUUGUUGGUACUUCUGUGUUUGGGUGCCUUGGGUGUCUGCUGUUCUCUGCUUCUGCAGUUCUGUUUCUCCUUUGCUGGUGCAUUGCUUUCCUUGCUUUCGUUUGCACAAUUGCUGAUGCUGUUUUGGGCAGAGCUUCCCUUGUUGUUGUUGAGAGGGUCAUCUCUCUUCCAUGGUGUUUCUUUUGACGCAUUUGGAUUGGCGUUCUGUUGAAGGGGCGACAGUGGAUUUUCUGCUUUGCUGAGUUUGGUUCUCUCCUUGCUCUCCCUAGAUUGAUUUUCUUUUGCACAUCCGUUAUUGUUUUUGGUUUUUUAUUGACUGUUACUGGCUAGUCCUUGUCCUUUGGGGGCUUCCUCUCUAAAUGCCGUUAGCUUGUACACUCAUCUAUAAUUAUCUCAAUGAAGUAGGUGGUUUGCAUGAAUU